ACUGCAGGGAGUGAACGAGAGAGGGAGGAGCAGAGAUCUGUAUCUGUUCAGAGGAAGAGAAUCUGUUCUUCAGUCUCUGGCAGCAGCUGAAAUGGCGCAGCAAGAAGUUCACCUGGACAGAGAAAGAUUCUGCUGUUCGAUCUGUAUGGAUCUACUGAAGGAUCCGGUGACUACUGUCUGUGGACACAGCUUCUGUAAGAGCUGUAUUAACAACCACUGGGACAAUGGGGAGGAGAGAGGAAGCUACAGCUGUCCUCAGUGUAGACAGUUCUUCACACCGAGACCUGUCCUGGAGAAAAACACCAUGUUAGCUGAUUUAGUGGAGGAGCUGAAGAAGACUGGACUCCAAGCUGCUCCUGCUGAUCACUGCUAUGCUGGACCUGAAGAUGUGGUCUGUGAUGUCUGCACUGGGAGAAAACUGAAAGCUCUCAAGUCCUGUUUGAAUUGUUUGGCCUCUUAUUGUGAAAAACACCUCCAGCCUCAUCUUCAGGCAGCUGCAUUGAAGAAGCACAAGCUGGUGGAGCCCUCGGAGAAGCUCCAGGAGAACAUCUGCUCUCGUCACGACGAGGUGAUGAAGAUGUUCUGCCGCACUGAUCAGCAGUGUAUCUGUUAUCUCUGCUCUGUGGAGGAACAUAAAGACCACGACACAGUAUCAGCUGCAGCAGAGAGGACUGAGAGGCAGAGAGAGCUCGGGCUGAGGAGACAAACAAUCCAGCAGAGAGUCCAGGACACAGAGAAAGACGUGAAGCUGCUUCAACAGGAGGAGGAGGCCCUCAAUGGCUCUGCUGAUAAAGCAGUGGAGGACAGUGAGGAGAUCUUCACUGAGAUGAUCCGUCAGCUGGAGAAAAGAAGCUCUGAUGUGAAGCAGCAGAUCAGAUCCCAGCAGGAAACUGAAGUGAGUCGAGUCAGAGAGCUUCAGGAGAGACUGGAGCAGGAGAUCACUGAGCUGAAGAGGAAAGACCAGGAACUGAAGCAGCUCUCAGACACAGAGGAUCACAACCAGUUUCUACACAACUACCCCUCACUGUCACCACUCAGUGGAUCUACACACUCAUCCAGCAUCGGGAUCCGUCCUCUGAGGAACUUUGAGGAUGUGACAGCAGUUGUGUCCCAGGUCAGAGGUCGACUACAGGACAUUCUGAGUGAGACAGAGACAGAGGUUUUACAGAUUGUGUCUCAAGUGGAUGUUUUACUGCCACAACCAGAUUCAAGAUUCAAGAUUCAAGAUUCAAGAUUUGUAUUAUCAAAAGCAGACCCAGAGCCCAGAGCUGAAUUCUUAAAAUAUUCACAGGAAAUCACACUGGAUCCAAACACAGCAAACAAAGAUCUGUUAUUAUCUGAGGGAAACAGAAAAGUAAGAUAUAUGAGUAAAGAUCAGUCUUUUUCUGAUCACCCAGACAGAUUUACUUAUUGGCGUCAGGUCCUGAGUAGAGAGAGUCUGACUGGACGUUGUUACUGGGAGGUGGAGAUGGAGGUGAGAGGAGAAGUUCGUGUAGCAGUCACAUACAAGAAUAUCAGCAGAGCAGGAGACUCAGAGGAAAGUUUAUUUGGAUCCGAUGAUAAAUCUUGGUCAUUAUCUUGUGAUGGAAACAGAUAUAACUUUGAAUACAACAGCAUCAAGACUCCAGUGUCAGGUCCUGUGUCCUCCAGAGUAGGAGUGUACCUGGAUCACAGUGCAGGUGUUCUGUCCUUCUACAGAGUCUCUGACACCAUGAUUCUCCUCCACAGAGUCCAGACCACAUUCACUCAGCCUCUCUGUGCUGGAGUUUGGAUUAGUUCUGGAUCCACAGCUGAGUUCUUUUUUACGUCAGACAGCCCCAUGAAGGUAUUCAAGCCAGUGAACAACAAGCUGGGAACUGUGGGAGCUGAGUCACUGCAGGGAGUGAACGAGAGAGGGAGGAGCAGAGAUCUGUUUCUGUUCAGAGGAAGUGAAUCUGUUCUUCAGUCUCUGGCAGCAGCUGAAAUGGCGCAGCAAGAAGUUCACCUGGACAGAGAAAGAUUCUCCUGUUCGAUCUGUGUGGAUCUACUGAAGGAUCCGGUGACUACUGGCUGUGGACACAGCUACUGUAAGAGCUGUAUUAACACCCACUGGGACAAAGGGGAGGAGAGAGGAAGCUACAGCUGUCCUCAGUGUAGACAGACCUUCACACCGAGGCCUGUCCUGGAGAAAAACACCAUGUUAGCUGAUUUAGUGGAGGAGCUGAAGAAGACUGGACUCCAAGCUGCUCCUGCUGAUCACUGCUAUGCUGGACCUGAAGAUGUGGCCUGUGAUUUCUGCACUAGGAGAAAACUGAAAGCUCUCAAGUCCUGUUUGAAUUGUUUGGCCUCUUAUUGUGAAAAACACCUCCAGACUCAUCUUCAGUCAGCUGCAUUUAAGAAGCACAAGCUGGUUGAGCCCUCGGAGAAGCUCCAGGAGAACAUCUGCUCUCGUCACGACGAGGUGAUGAAGAUGUUCUGCCGCACUGAUCAGCAGUGUAUCUGUUAUCUCUGCUCUGUGGAUGAACAUAAAGACCACGACACAGUGUCAGCUGCAGCAGAAAGGACUGAGAGGCAGAGAGAGCUCGGGCUGAGGAGACAAACAAUCCAGCAGAGAGUCCAGGACACAGAGAAAGACGUGAAGCUGCUUCAACAGGAGGAGGAGGCCCUCAAUGGCUCUGCUGAUAAAGCAGUGGAGGACAGUGAGGAGAUCUUCACUGAGAUGAUCCGUCUGCUGGAGAAAAGAAGCUCUGAUGUGCAGCAGCAGAUCAGAUCCCAGCAGGAAACUGAAGUGAGUCGAGUCAGAGAGCUUCAGGAGAGACUGGAGCAGGAGAUCACUGAGCUGAAGAGGAAAGACCAGGAACUGAAGCAGCUCUCAGACACAGAGGAUCACAACCAGUUUCUACACAACUACCCCUCACUGUCACCACUCAGUGGAUCUACACACUCAUCCAGCUUCAGGAUCCGUCCUCUGAGGCACUUUGAGGACGUGACAGCAGCUGUGUCCCAGGUCAGAGGUCGACUACAGGACAUUCUGAGUGAGACAGAGACAGAGAUUUUACAGAUUGUGUCUCAAGUGGAUGUUUUACUGCUACAACCAGAACCAGAGACCAGAGCUGACUUCUUAAGAUAUUCACAGGAAAUCACACUGGAUCCAAACACAGCAAACAAACUUCUGUUAUUAUCUGAGGGAAACAGAAAAGUAACAUAUAUGAGGAAAGAUCAGUCUUAUUCUGAUCACCCAGACAGAUUCACUGGUUGGCCUCAGGUCCUGAGUAGAGAGAGUCUGACUGGACGUUGUUACUGGGAGGUGGAGAUGGAGGUGAGAGGAGAAGUUAAUGUAGCAGUCACAUACAAGAAUAUCAGCAGAGCAGGAGGCUCACAUGAAUGUGGAUUAGGACACAAUGAUAAAUCUUGGUCAUUAUAUUGUCAUGGAAACAGUUAUAACUUUUAUUACAACAGCAUCCAGACUCGAGUGUCAGGUCCUGUGUCCUCCAGAGUAGGAGUGUACCUGGAUCACAGUGCCGGUGUUCUGUCCUUCUACAGAGUCUCUGACACCAUGACUCUCCUCCACAGAGUCCAGACCACAUUCACUCAGCCUCUCUAUGCUGGAGUUUAUGUUAGUUAUGGAUCCACAGUUGAGUUGUGUAAACUCAAAUAGACUCGAGUCAUUAAAAGCAGUGAUUUAGAUUCUGUGUGUUAAUCUUUAACUUCUUUUGUUUCCAUGUUUGUUGAUCAAAGUUUGUUGUGGUGACGUUUCUGCUCCGCACAGAUAUCAGCUGUCAAUCAAACACUGACCUUCCUUUAUCACAUGUAUUUAGUUCUGACUUUGUAAAGACACAAAUCUAUAAUUAGACUGACAUGAAUGUGUUUGAAAGAACUGAUGUUGCUGUUGUUUUCUAAAUCAAUGUAGAAAUCAGGUUGUGUGAUGUUUUAGAAUCUGUGUUGAUCCUGAUGAGUGUUGCAAAGGGGCGGAACAUUCUGGAAACUUUCCACGGGAAGUUAAGCUAAGGAAUCUUUAUACAGUAGGCUAACUUUUUACAUCUGUGAGAGUACGAUGUAUGUACAGUUGCAAUCAAAAAUGUUCAACCCCACCCAAAGAUUUUAAGGAUUUAUCGAUUAAAGUUUUUUCAAAGAUCAA